AUUAGUUUAUUUAAAAAUUAGUUUAUUUAAAUUUUUUAAAGUAUUAUUAUUAAUUUGUUGUUAGGUUUUUUAGUGUUGAAAAGUGAUAUAAACUGUUGUGUAGUGUUGUGAUAAAUCAGUGUAUGUGAAAUAAAACAUUAUUAGUGAGUUGGUGCUGGAGUCGAUGCUGAUCGUCUUUUGUUUCGGCCAUUAUUUGAAAUCGUCCGCCAAGAAUUACCAGUAAGGUGCAAACGCCAUCUGGGUGAUUCUUGGCGUGGUGAGUGAUGCAUGCUCCAAAUAUUUCAAAUUUAUUUUUUUCAUAUCCGUAAUUUUUGAAUAAUCAUCUCAACAUCUAUAACAAUUUUUCAUAUAUUUAAAUGCAAAUUAUUCAUCAUCGCAUUAGCUAUUGAUAUUUAUUUGUAUCAAAGCAUAACAAGUAAUUUCUUGCUGAUAUAGCUAACGCUAUCUCUCGUUCUCAGAACGAACUUUUAUGCAAAAUACAAAAUUAUUUUUACUCCCAAGGAAAAUAAGUUUUUCCUUCUACUCAUUACCUCAUAGGUUACAAAAUAAAUAACAUUGUUAAUUAUUAACAAAGAUUUAUUUUGUCUGGUUAAUUAUUGAAGUUAUUUAGUCCAUGUAUAUUUUUGUGUAAUUGUUUAUGUUUUGUGACAUUUAUUAUUUUAUCACAUGAUUUUUUUUAGAGCAAAACAAAUACAUGGGACCCAUUGUUCGUAAUAUCCUAAUAGGAAUCCCUAUCGGAAUAACAUUUGUCGACACUGUUGGAUACAUAGCACGUGUUGAUGGUAUCUCUAUGCAACCCGCAUUGAAUCCGAACUCCCAUGUAACUGAUUACGUAUUUUUAAAUCGCUGGAGUGUACGUAAUUACAAUUUCAAUCGCGGUGAUAUUAUAUCAUUUGUAUCACCUAAACAUCCUGAUCAAACGCUAAUAAAACGUGUGAUAGGACUCGAAGGAGACGAAAUCAGAACCAUUAAAUACAAACUACCAUAUUUGAGGGUACCAAAAGGUCAUUGUUGGGUUGAGGGUGAUCAUACAGGUCAUACCGUUGACUCAAACACAUUUGGCCCAGUUUCUUUGGGACUAGUUACUGCUCGAGCGAGUUGUAUUGUAUGGCCACCUAGUAGAUGGCAAUUUCUUAGUUCUGUUUUACCAGAACAUCGAGUGCCAUUAAGGAUUUCAAAACAUCAACCAGCUUAG